AUGGGGGCCCCUGUGGGGGGCCCCUCGGCAUCAUCCAACCCCAAAGGAUCGGAUUUGUCCCCAAGGCUCAGCAUGUUGGUGGUGAGGAGGCCCCCCAGAACUGCAAGGGCCAGGGCUGAGAUAGCAGCAAGGCCUACGCCUGCAGCGAAGCUGCGGCUGCGGCGGGGUGCUGCUGCUGCUGCUUCCGCUUCUGCUGCUGCUGCUGCUGCAGUGUCCACAGAGGAGACCACCGUGGCCUCCUCAGCCGCCAGCUGCGACGCGUCGCCAGCUGCUGCUGCACCCUCAGGCCCCUGCUCUGCUGCUGCUGCAUCCGCAGCGUAG